AUGUCCCAUCAUCACGAUCAUCACCACCACCAUCACGAUGAUCAUCAUCACUAUGAUCAGCAUACAGUGCCAGCCUAUCAGGCUUAUCCAGCUGUUCAACCAGUGAUGCCAGUGAUGCAACCAGCGCCUAUCGUCGUGCACACAACUGGCCAUCAUGAACCAAUCCAUCACGAUUCACACCAUCAUCACAACGCUGUCGGACAAUUCUUUCACGAUAUAAAACACGGUCAUCACGAUAACCAUCACCAC